UGUAUAAUUUGCACAGCCCAUUGGCUUGUCUCGGGAUAUGGCAAAAUUAGUUUCAAGGCCAUAAUGCCAAUAUUUUACAAAAGGUUGACUUUUCAUUCUAGCGAGAAUCAUUUUCCAAAGCCAUUAGGUUCAGAAGCUUAAUCUGUGAAAAAAAUCUUCUGCAGAAUUUUUCUUUGAGAAAGAUUCUGCCGGGAAUGGUAUAAUGGCCAGGCCAUCCUAACCUCUUCCCACUCAGUUGCACUUUGCAAGUGACAGCUCAUUCCAUCAGAUUUGUGUCAUCUUUCAGGUUGCAAUUUCUUGCCACAGUGCAAGGAUCUCCCGGUUAAAAUUUGACCUUCACAGAACUCCAGGGAGUGAUGACAGCAGUGAUGAUGCAGUCGUUGGGAACCUCAACAAGUUUGCUGUGGUUCCCCCGGGUUACACAGGCAUGCCGAAGAAGGGGCAUCUCAUAUUUGAUGCGUGCUUUGAGUGUGGGAAUCUUGGAAGAGUGGAUUACAUAUCUGAGUACGAAUACGAUCUCUUCAUCCGUCCGGACACUUGCAAUCCUCGUUUCCGGGUCUGGUUUAACUUCACUGUUGAAAAUGUCAGAGCAGACCAGAGAGUCAUCUUCAACAUCGUCAAUUUCAGCAAGACGAAGAGCCUGUAUCGCGAGGGCAUGUCGCCUUUGGUCAAAUCGUCCAGCCGUCCCAAAUGGCAAAGAAUCCCUUCCAAAAAUGUUUACUACUACCGCUGCCCUGACCACCGGAAGAACUACGUUAUGUCGUUCCCCUUUGCUUUUGACAAAGAAGGUGACACGUACCAGUUUGCCUACUGCUAUCCGUACUCCUACACACGCCAUCAGACGUAUCUGGCAGCCAUCGAGAAAAGGAAGCUGAACUACUUGGACCGGGAGCUGCUGUGUCUUAGCGUGCAACAAAGAAGACUUGACCUGUUGACCAUCUCAGCACCAGAAAAUCUUGAGCCCGACGUCAAACAGCGUGUUGUGUUCAUAACAGCCAGGGUGCAUCCAGGAGAGACACCUGCAUCAUAUGUCUGUCAAGGACUGAUAGACUUUCUACUGAGUCAACACCCAAUAGCCAAAGUGCUGCGGGACCAUGUAGUGUUCAAGAUUGUGCCAAUGCUGAAUCCUGACGGAGUUUAUCUGGGCAACUACAGGUGUUCCCUGAUGGGCUUUGACCUGAACCGACACUGGCAUGAGCCAUCGCCCUGGGCACACCCAACUCUGCACGCCAACAAGCAUCUUCUCAUGGGCAUGAAUGCCAGCAGCAAAAUGGAUGUUGACUUCUAUGUUGACAUUCAUGCCCACUCCACACUGAUGAACGGUUUCAUGUACGGCAAUGUGUAUGACGACCCUGUGCGCUAUGAGAAACAAGCAGUCUUUCCUAGGCUGAUGUGUGCUAAUGCUGAAGACUUCUCAAUGAUGAACACAUCCUUCAACCGGGAUGCAAUGAAGGCGGGGACAGGGCGUCGGUUCCUGGGCGGCAUCCUGGACGAGAACUCACUGUGCUACACGCUGGAGGUGUCAUUCUUCUGCUAUUCCACCAACGGGGGCAGCACACUGGUGCCCUACGACGAGGAAGGAUACAUGAGACUGGGACGUAACCUGGCCAAGACCUUCUUGGACUACUACAAGUUGACUUCCCUAAUUCAGCCCAAGCCCACCGUCCUACCCCUCAACCACACCCAGCGACGGAAAGGGUCAUCCAAAGGUCACAGGGCAGAGGUCAGGCCACAGUCAGAGACUCGCCAAUACCAAUCCCUCAGGGCAGAUCAUGGGUACGACAGCCACAGCCUGAGCGCGCAGAGCAUGAACAGCAUGGCAGUGCAGUUCAGGUUACAGCACAGGGAUAUACACAGGAGGUAGAUGGGAAACCAGACAGGGAAGGCAGUAGACGCUUGAACAAGGCAAUAGUUCGGGAUUAUUGCCCCUGUACGGCAAGCAGUGUUCAGAUAGUAAAGAUAUAAGGGACCACCUUUGUGAAGGACAACUUUAAAGACUUUUCUUUGCACACAUUUGUAUUCCUCUACCGUAGGGUUGCUUCCUCCUCACUUUUAUCCAGAUUAACAAUUGCUGGUGACAUUCGGUGGCAAGACAUGAAUUUCAGCAUUCACCUUUUCUGAGCAUUGUGCAUUUGGACUUUACAUAUCCAAUUCCGUCCAAAGUUUGUUUUGUAUAGCAAGAUAUUGUACAGUUUUAUAGAAAAUCCACAGCCUUAACAUGAAGAACAGUUUUGGGGGUUUAUUUAUUUUUUAUUCCUGGAAGCCUUAAAGCAUUUUGCUGUGUACUUCGAAGUCUGUUUAUUAACAGUUACUUUUUUAAUUUGUUUUUUGGCAGCCUCAGUUUUGAUUCAUUUCUGGGGUGUAAAAAUUGAUUUGCUGGUUUGUGAAAGCUCUGGUGUUUUAUUGAUUGUGAGUUGAAAGUGGACUUGAGGAUAACACUGCAAGAGAGCAUUAACCCCAGCAGUGAGACGCCACCUUAUGCAGUGUGGCCUGUGAUACAUGUAUGUCACUUGGCUAGUAUGCCAACGCUCUCCCCACUGCAUUAGGAGACUCUUCAAACAAACCAACGUUUGCUGUGAAACAAAAAGCGUUUGCUCACUAACAGGUGCACGGAUGGCCGAGUCAGGCUGUCUGGCCUGGGUCAGUGAUACGGGGAGGUCAUCCGUUAUGGGUUGCGUCUGCUUCACCAGCUAGGUAUGCCUGAUAAACUUGUCUCACUGAUGGGGGGGGAGUUCAAGGUUUCGAGGUAGAGUGAUCUGUUUGACUAGCUCCAGCAAAAUGAGGAACAUGGUGAAAACGAAAAAUUCUAUAUGCUGGAUGGGCAUGAUUUGUAAUGUUUGGCAGUGCUUCCCCUGGGAUCAAAUAGCACUGAAUUUGUACACGUACAUGUACAUGUAUGUGUUACAAACAGAUCUGAGAUGAGCGAACAAAAAUCUAUUUUUUCAUGCAUUUGAUGCGGCAUUCUGAUGAGCGAUAAAGGAAUUAUUGACUGAUCUGAGUCAGUGGUGAAUAUUCAAAAUGGUGUUUACUCAAACAGCUUCCAUGACCUAUUGAAUAUUCCUCAUUUUGAUAGAGGGAACCACAUAGUUUGACAUUCCACCCCACACUUUGCUCGCUGUUUUUAUAGGCUAUAACAUGUUGUUUUGCUCUUGAUUUUUUUUCCCUGAAAGUCAGUUAGUGGAGACAGCCACUCGUAAAUUAGAUUAGCUGCAAGCCAGAAAUAUGUUUUUACAAGUGAGAAAGUGGUCAUCAAAACAACGGCAAGGUUUCAUUUCCUUAUACUCAAGGAGUGGGCGUUUAUGGUGAGACGGCCUUGGGCCAAUUUGUUGUUAUAAAAAAAAAUGAGCCCUUUGAAAAGUGUAGAAAUAUUUUUGUGGCAACAACAGGUUUUGAGCCAAAACAUCUAGUUAACAUUUUUGAGCUCUGGCAUUUUAGCCUGCGCAUUUGCAUUGAAAAAUGGCUGGCAAGAACUAGCUAGCCUGCAGCAUCUCAGCAGAGAGAGAGGAAAAACCCCCAGUUCCACGUGCAUGUGAACACCCAUCAGUAUUGGCAUUUGGCAGCGAGUUGUCAGUAGUAAGGUCUUGCUGUUCUGGCAGGAGAAAAACCACAGGGUGUUUCACCUUUGAGAAAGCCUCUACUAGGAUCACAACAUCAGACCCUCUGAUUUUUUUUGUAUAAUUCAGGUUACAGUAAUGAGAAAGCUGUUUAUAAACUAAUCUGAGUGGCUGCCGUAACUGCUGCGGCACGGUUAUCACUCGCACCUUCUUCAGCUUGACGUGCGCGCGCAUGCAUUUGGCAAAUCACGACACCCUGUCGUGAUUUGGCGGCGCAUGACAGGGGUAGCCAUAAUACUGCCCUGUCUCCUGCGACUACGGCUUCGAAAUUUGAUUAAAAGAGGCAGCGGUGGAUAGCUGUAGCCAGUGUUCAAUACUUGUGCAUGCCGUAGUCUCACAUGGAGAUGCUGCAUUGCAUGUUCCAACAUAAACUAUUGAAAAUAUUUCGUGUUUUCCUGAAGAUAUACCCCACAUCUAUUUUUGCAAUGGACGUUAGUAAUGACACGCAUGAUAAAGCCAGAAGUAGAAGAGUUUUUUAAGUGAUAUGGAGCCAUUGUAUGCAACAUUGUCAUUGGAAGCCAGUAUCCAUCCUUGACAUAACAUAACUGAUUUUUAUCGACACCAUUAAACCCUACUAAAUUCUGCACUAUUUGAAUAUCAACUGGACUUUUGGUUACAUAGUAAAUCACUGUGACAAAAAAAAAUCACAGCGACCCAGAUUUUUAAGUUUUAGAAUCUGGGCUUAAAAAGCCUUUCUGAGCUAAUGACCAUCAGGAUGACCUUCAGGUCAACGCUGGCGUCAUAAUUACGUGUUUCACAUUCUUGUGAAAACCCCGGUUUUACAGGAAGAGAGGGAAUAAAUGAAAUUUCACCACAGAUCAUUGACUAACAAAGCAAUCCAUCAGACGGCUUGUUUCCAUCACAAAAGCUCACUGGCAUUGCAGUGUCCGACCAUGAACAAUAAGCAAAACUAAGGCCAUGUCCGAAACGGGCUUCCAGAGCUACGGCUAGGUCUAUUGUCUAUGCAUCUUCACGCAUUUCCAAUGGAGGGAAGACUUAGACCUAGAUAAGAGAUUUGGAUGCAGCCUAAGUUGAAGAAGAAAAGAUACCGCUACGCGGUGUCUCCCGUCUAGGAGCAUUGUGAAACUGCAGUAAUGGCUUCUAAUUCUGGUUGCCAAAUUACACAACAGCAGUUUGUGUUGAACAUUUUGAAGGGAAGAAAAUUGGGAAAUGAAACUGACCCCCAGAUUUGCUGAGCCCAGAAAAGUCUUGUUUAAUAGCAUAAAAUAGCUUCCUGCAGUGAGAUAUCUUGCCUGUUAAUAGUUUCAACCAGUUUUUGCUUACUAACUUAAUUUUGUCUGUGUUGUCCAUUAAGCAGCUUGCUGAUAUAGGCUUUACUGAUGAAUACCAGUGAAGUUUGUAACAUAACAUGGAAAAAACAAAGAAAAAACAGGACAGAAAGCCAGGACAAAUAUUCUGGGACUUUUGUUUCAUGCUCCACAUUCUGUCAGUGCAAACAACAGAAUGUUGACGCCCCGCAUAAAUCACACAGUCCCUGUUGCCUGUGAUUCAUCUGGGCACUGUAGCCAACUGUCUGAGCCUAUUCUCAGCUGUGCACACUGUGGUUAUCGAUGCCGCACAGGCAGAUGUGUGAUAAAGUCUGCAGGAGUAAACUCAAUUUACUCCCCCUGAGUGUGACUGAUAGGUGAUAAUGGGGGCAGAUAGCAUGCCGAGCCAUGCCUAUGUUUCUCGGGGAGUGCGAGGCAAUGUCUGAAAUGGGCAGUGAUUGUAUUUUUGGCUAUGGCUGUCCACUGUGGUGCACAAAGGGCAAAAAAAGAAGCCAAAGUCAUAGCCAGUGCCAAGUAGAAAUUCAGUGUUUGUAGAGGAAAAAAGUAAAAGUUACCAGGCCCAAGCUGGGGAGUUAUCGAGCUCCAGAUUUCUUUAGAGAAAUUUCAUACCUUACUAGUGCGCAGUACCAGAGAGGUAUGUCCACUGAACGUACGGACAUCAACGAUUUCACUUUUCACUUGUGGAUGUUCAGACUUAAACUGAUAAAUUGUAAGUCCAUGGAAGUCUAUCAGAGUGUACAUGGUAUAUCACAAAACGGACACCAUGCUGCUCUCCAAGGUUUGCAAUCAGCUUUGGAACAAGAACUUUUUACUUUGAUUUUGUGGUUGCACUGUGAAAAAUUUGGGAAGCUUGCAACGGGUUGGUUCUCCUAAAACCAAAAAAUUGUCCAAUCUUGAUAGUUACAUGCACGUGCACAACUGAAAUUGUCGGUCUCUAGAGGGCCAAAGCCGAGUGCCCUCAAUUUACCGUAAGAAUAUGUAGUCAUAUUAUUUUACAGAUUCACUGAUGAUGCAGAGGUUAUGAGGUUUUCACUAUCAGAAUGAUAUGUAACUUCUAUUCUUUUUGCCUUGAUGAGGAUACCAAAGGAUGAGGAAAACUGACACCAAAGCUUGAUAGCACUUUUAUAUUUAUUUACCGUAAAGCAUUGCUAGAGUCAGCACAAAGGGUCAAGGUAGUUUUCUCUUUUUUUUUUCCAAGCUUUUUCUCAACAGUCAGGAAAACACUGAUUUA